GCAUCGACAAAACAAUUUCAGUACACAACGGCUCCAAACAGUAGGCUGCAUUUUCUAGUCAGACAAUUCGUACAUGUAUCAGUGCUAGAUGGAGCGAUUCACUCAACAUCGUUGCAAUUUGUUGGGAAUUUUCAAAAAUCGACCGUUGUUCCUAUUCUUUUUCCCCAGCCCUAAUUUCGUCUAUAAAUACCCUCUUCACUGAUAGAGAGCUAACUAACAUUUGAACAAAAACCAUUCUCAAAUUAGUUCUGUUUCUUCUUUCACGCUGCCUGGAAAGAGUGCAAAUCUUCCCUUCCAUGGCUGAAGAGUUCAAGUAUUCUUGCAACACUGCCAGUGAAACCCUAGAAUGGAUCCAUGCAAUUAUCAACUUCAUUGCACCUUAUCGUUAUUUCUUAGAUGCUCAUGUCGUCAACUUUUUCAAGGAUAGACUAUGGGAAGCUGUUGAUAAAGAAUGGAUGGAUUGUUUACAGAAGGAGUCGGUUGAAAAUCUUCUCCGGAUUCCUUCUGGUGUGGUUCAGGAUCACUGGCCUGGCUCACUUAAAGACUUCAUACUUACUCUGAGGUCUCUUUGUCUUUCACGUGAACAGGCUGAUUUUCAGGAAUUUUCAGGAAUGCACAUAGCUUCACUAAGUAGUGUUUUAGCUCAAGGCAUGAAUCAUAAGAAAAAGCAUGAAGUGGAAGUACUUUCUGCUCUGGUCAGCUUAGUUGCAAAGCAAGUUGGUGCCCGAACAAUUGUUGAUGUUGGUGCUGGACAGGGUUAUCUUGCACAAGUGCUUGCUUUUGACUACCAGCUUUCGGUAAUUGCUAUUGAUGCUUGUUCACAUCAUGGCAAGAUUACUGAUGCACGUGCAGAGCGAAUCAGGAAACACUAUGCAGCUAAGAUGCGUAAAAAUUGCUCUGAACCGAGAGAGCUUAGUGUGCCAAAGACAGUUACAUGCCGAGUGCUGUCUUCUGAUACACUGAAGGCCUUGAGUAACUCCCUAAUAGAGAAGGAUCAUGCAGGGAAUCAACAUAUGGGCAAUAGAAGUUCAGUCUCUCAGCCAUCUCGAUUUGCUGAGGAUAUACUACAUUCUUGGUCUUGUAGUGAUUCUACAUUAGUUAUUGCUGGACUUCAUGCCUGUGGAGACCUCUCAGUGACAAUGUUGAGGACAUUCUUGGAAUGUGACAAAGCUAAGGCGGUGAUUAGCGUCGGUUGCUGUUAUAAUUUGCUUUCUGAGGAAGCCAUUUGCGUAGCGGAUUCUUGUUGUGGUUUUCCUGUAAGUCAAGGUGUUAAAUCUGCUGGAGUAAUACUUGAAAAAAGUGCUCGUGAUCUAGCUUGUCAGAGUGCUGAUAGAUGGAGGGGCUUGGGUGAGAACGCAGGGCUUCACAACUUUGAGUUGCAUGCAUUCCGUGCUGCCUUCCAGAUUGUUCUCUGCAGACAUUAUCCUAGCAUAUUGCUAGAAAGCCCUACAAUAGGGCGUCAGGGGAAAGCCUUACGGCGCCAACAGAAUCAAAGGAUCCUGGAAUCCAAUUUGCAUCAUGGGGGGUCUUCAGAAUCUGGUGAACCACGGGAGAGUGUGGCGUUUCUUCAUGAAUACUCUUCUAUUCAGAGUUCUAAUAGCGGCGAGUCUAAUGCUGUGGACAGAUGCUCACUAUUUGCAAAAUUUUGUGAGUCUGGGUUAGGUCGUUUACAUCUCCCUCAUUUGGCGGAUACAGCUUACAGUGCAGUCUGGAGGGAGUCUGAAUCAUACGCUGAGUUAAUAGGACCUUAUUGGUCUCUUCGUGCUGCCCUGGGCCCCGUUUUGGAAACUCUUAUACUGCUUGACCGAUUGUUGCUCCUCCAGGAGUAUGGCAGUGAUCUGGAGGUUUACCUGCAGGAGAGAAUGACUUGCAAAAUCAUUCUGUUGAUAUCGGGGAGUGGUAUGAAGUGUACAGAUUUGCAAAUGUAAGAAGGUACUUUGCUAACUCCUUGCAUUCUUUUUAUAUCUUUUGGGUAGGAGGAAUUUAACUCCAUUGUGGACUAAUGUGUAUGUGUAACAACAACAUACGCAGUAUAAGUGGGAGUCUGGGAAGGGUAGGAUGUACUCUGACCAUAUUCCUAAUAAAAUAACCAUUUCCAAUAGACCCUCGGCAUUGUAAGAAGUAAUGCGUGUGUAAAAGUGGUAAUUUUAAACUGAGUUGAGUACACCAAUGUCUAACCUUUGGUUAAUGCUCUGCCGAACUGAUGCACACAAAGUCUUCCGGACUUGCGUAUGUGGAGACAGGCCUAAUUGUAUUUACUUAUCUAUAAACCUUAUAAAUUCUGUCUCAUUAUCAAAUCCUCCCUUCCAUUUUCUAAUAUUAUUAGGAAAUUGAACCUCAAUCCAUGGUAGGCUAGAAUAUCCACUGAGCUUUAUACGGUAAAACAAGUUCCUUAUUUUGCUUUAAAUAAAAAUGGUACCCUUAGUGUGUAUUGCCAUCAACUUGGGGUAAGGAUAGUCCAUUGUCUCUUUUAUUAGUUGGUAUGUUAACAGCUUAAAGAUACUCGUAGCAUAAUGUGUGAUCGUCUACACUGUUUAUCCAAAAAACCUCAAACCAGUUGAACUAACAAUUACACCUUAUGUAUGACUUAUGCUUAAUCAGCUUUCGAUAUAUAUAUAUAUAUAUAUAUAUAUUUCAACUUUGAGCGUGCACUCAAAGUUAUAAUACAAAAUUGAACAAGUAGAUGCACGUAUAUCAUGUAGAAGUAGGAUGUGUGUGUCUACUUAUUCAAUUUACAUAAAUUUAAAGGCAUAUUUGUGUACACUCACUUCCGUAUAAAAAGAAGAAGUAAAUUUUGUCACCUUCACCUCAAAUUAAAUAUUAAUAUUCUUAAUAGUAAGAGUUUUCUAGAGGAUAGAAUUCAAAGGUUCAAAGUUGCUCGCCGUCAGAGCAUUAACCUCAGGAGACUUUUGAUCAAGACAUGGAGAAAAAUGGGAUCUAACAGGUGGCACUUUUUGGAGUGAACACACGUGAAAGUUUGAAUAAAUAUUUGUUGUUUAGUACAGUUGUUAGGUGGGACAAAUCAGAUAUUAGUAAGAAUGACAUUGAAAUUCCCACUAGGAGGAAUGAUAUACUCAUGGUUACUAUUAAAAACAUGAUUACUCAAUAAGUUGCUAUCAAAAGCAAAAGGAAAGUAUUCAAGGAAUUUGGUAUAAAAUACAAAAACUUGCAUUUCCAAACUUAAAAACUAUUGUCAUAAAUUGAACUCUCAUGGCUGGAUGAAAAUGGCUUGAAUCUUAUCAGUUAUUUGUUCUUGAAGUCUAUCUAGAAUCAAACUAUUGAAUAUUGCGGCUUUAUACUUGAAAAAGAAUAAUGAAAUUAAGUACGAAUUAAGUACCAACUCUUUCUACUUCCCACUUUGUAGGAUUACAUGAGUAUGCCGUUGUAGAAUUGCUCUAAUGAUUUUUCAUUUGAAGUUUAUGGGUUUCUAGUUUAUAUAAUAAGUAGGUUUACGAUCAAGUAUCUUUAAAUAUUUAGUGACUUUCUUCGCAUAAACAUGAUUUAGAUAACUUUUAUUGAAUUAAUAUGAACUUUUAG